AUGGCCGACGAUUAUCAGCCCGAUCCCCGGCCACCUACUCUCGAACAUUCUUCGCAAGAGAAACGCACGGUAACGAUCCCAGAGCGAACAGAAGAAGACGAUGAGCGGGUGUUUCGCUUAUUUCGCGGUUGGACUGUGUCCGAAAGGGACGGCCAAACGCGUCAAUGGGUCUACCGCUUUGGAUACGACAUCCAGAAUGUCGCAACCAAGGAGCGCCGCUGGGUCUGCUUCUUGUGCGUCAAACGGAAGGAUCCGAAGCCGAAGAAUUACAACCACAAGGGGUUGCAGAAUGCUGAGAGCCACCUAUUCAAGGAUCACGAUGGCAUGGUCGAUCCUUCAGAGGUCCCUCGUGACCAGGAAAUAACGAAUCUACUGAUCAAGCGGUUUGACAAAGCAGCAUUUCAACAGAUGAUCGUCAACUGGAUCGUACACGCCUAA